ACAGUUUUUAACAAAUGAUUUUUCAUUCGGAAUUGUGCGUUUCCAGUGUGAAGACCGAUUUCUGUUUUCCGUUGAAUUCGUGCAAAAAAAAUAAAGUAAACAAAAAGAUACAAAACAAGUUUUUUUUCUGUUCAAAUUCCUAUAUACAUUUUUUGGAUUUCCUUGGAUUUCUUUAAGUGGAAGUGGAAAUAUUUGGUAGAAAAACAAAAAAAAAAAAUAAAUAAAUAAAAUUAAUAAAGAUCGCAGUUUAGGAAGGAAGUCCAGUUAAUCCCCCCAGCUACAAGAUGAGUCCACCGGCCAUGCUAAGCAAAGAUACGCCCGACAUUGAGGAUCUGCUGGCGCUGAAUCCGCGCGUGAAGACGCAAUGCAGCGUGGUGCCCACGAAGCAGACGAAGGAGAACAAGAAGCAUUGGAAGCGCAAUGCAGAUCACAUGGCGGUGCCAUGCACAACAUUGGCCAACAACUUUGAGGACAUUAAGCACACGACGCUGUCGGAGCGUGGAGCACUCGAGGAGGCAGCCAGGUGCUUGAAAUGUGCCGAUGCACCAUGCCAGAAGUCCUGUCCCACCCAACUGGACAUCAAGAGCUUCAUCACGAGCAUUGCCAAUAAGAAUUACUAUGGCGCCGCCAAGGCAAUCUUCUCCGAUAAUCCACUUGGCUUGACCUGCGGCAUGGUUUGUCCCACGAGCGAUCUCUGUGUCGGCGGUUGCAACUUGCAGGCCUCUGAGGCAGGUCCGAUUAACAUUGGUGGACUGCAGCAAUUUGCCACCGAGAUGUUUAAGCAGAUGGGCGUCCGUCAGCGUCGAUCGCCGCAUCAGAAACCUUUGGCGCAGCCGAACAAGAAGAUUGCUCUGCUGGGCGGAGGACCUGCCUCCCUGUCGUGCGCCACAUUCCUGGCCAGAUUGGGAUACGAUAAUGUGACCAUCUAUGAGAGACGCAGCUAUUUAGGCGGACUCAGCGCAUCGGAGAUUCCCCAGUAUCGACUGCCCAUCGAUGUGGUUAACUUUGAGAUUGAUCUGGUCAAGGAUCUGGGCGUCAAGUUCCAACUGAAUCGUGCCCUCAGCACCAAGGAUUUGACCGUUAAUGGUCUGCUUGCUUCUGGACACGAUGCCGUCUAUGUGGGCAUUGGACUGCCUGAACCAAAAUUGGAUCCCAUUUUCAAGGGCCUCAACAUCGAGUCUGGCUUUUAUACAUCCAAGAACUUUUUGCCCUUGGUCUCCGAUGGCUCCAAGCCAGGAUUAUGUGCCUGCAAGUCGGCACAGACGCUGCCCAAGCUCUAUGGCAAUGUGAUUGUGCUGGGAGCCGGCGACACAGCCUUUGAUUGUGCCACCUCAGCGUUGCGUUGUGGUGCACGUCGGGUGUUUGUUGUUUUCCGCAAGGGAUCGACUGGAAUACGUGCUGUGCCCGAGGAGGUGGAGUUGGCGCGUGAGGAACGCUGCGAGCUGAUGCCAUACUUGAGUCCACGCAAGGUGAUUGUCAAGGAUGGCCAGAUUACAGCCAUGGAGUUCUGUCGCACCGAGCAGAAUGAGCAGGAUGAAUGGGUCGAGGAUGAGGAGCAGAUGGUUCGCUUGAAGGCAAACUUUGUCAUCUCGGCUUUCGGUUCGGGAUUGCAGGAUGCGGAUGUGCGCGACGCGUUGUCCCCAUUGGAGUUCCGUUCCGGAUUGCCUGUCGUCGAUCGCCAGACAAUGCAGAGCAGCGUGCCACAGGUGUUCCUUGGCGGCGAUCUCGCUGGCGUGGCCAACACAACCGUGGAGUCGGUCAACGAUGGCAAGGUGGCUGCAUGGAGCAUCCACUGUCAGCUGCAGGGUCUGCCCCUGGACACGCCAGCUGCUUUGCCCCUAUUUUACACGGACAUUGAUAACGUGGACAUUUCCGUGGAGAUGUGCGGCUUGAAAUUCGAGAAUCCCUUUGGCCUGGCCUCGGCACCGCCAACCACAAGUGCCGCCAUGAUUCGACGUGCCUUCGAGCAGGGCUGGGGAUUUGUAGUAACAAAAACCUUUGGCCUCGACAAGGAUAUGGUCACAAAUGUUUCGCCCCGCAUUGUGCGCGGCACAACCUCCGGCUACAAGUAUGGACCACAGCAAGGAUGCUUCCUCAACAUUGAGCUAAUCUCCGAGAAGCGUGCCGAGUAUUGGCUGCGCUCCAUUGGCGAACUGAAGCGCGAUUUUCCCGAGAAGAUCAUCAUUGCCAGCAUCAUGUGCAGCUACAACGAGGCUGACUGGACGGAGCUCGCGACCCUGGCGGAGCAAUCUGGUGCAGAUGCCCUCGAACUGAAUCUGUCGUGUCCCCAUGGCAUGGGUGAGAGCGGCAUGGGCUUGGCCUGUGGCCAGAAGCCCGAACUGGUCGAGGACAUCUCCCGCUGGGUGCGCAAGGCCGUCAAAGUGCCCUUCUUCAUCAAGCUGACGCCCAACAUAACAGACAUCGUUUCCAUUGCUGAGGCGGCACAACGUGGUGGUGCCGAUGGUGGUUCCGCCAUAAAUACCGUUCAGGGAUUGAUGAGCCUGAAGGCAGACGCGACAGCUUGGCCAGCAAUUGGCAAGGAACAGCGUACCACCUAUGGUGGCGUCUCUGGCAAUGCCACACGUCCCAUGGCAUUGCGUGCCGUUUCGGAAAUAGCUAAAAAGUUGCCUGGAUUUGCCAUCUUGGGCAUUGGUGGCAUUGAUUCCGGCGAGGUAUCGCUGCAGUUCCUGCAGGCAGGUGCCACAGUACUCCAGAUCUGCUCCUCCGUACAGAAUCAAGAUUUUACGCUAAUUGAGGACUAUUGCACCAGUCUGAAGGCGUUGCUCUUCCUCAAGGCCAAUCCGCCGCCAGUGAACGGCGCUUUCUGGGAUGGACAAUCGCCGCCAACGCCUGUGCAUCAAAAGGGCAAACCCGUGGUACAUUUAACCGGCACGGGCAACCAGUCGUUGGGCUUCUUUGGUCCAUAUCAACAGCAGCGUGACAUCAAAUUGUCCGAUUUGCGUAAGAAACAGGGCGCCUUCUGGGAUGCCGAGCAGGCAACUCUGGAUUCCAAAAGCACCAGAUGCGAUGCGGCCACAAAGACCGCGCCCAAAGUAGCCGAUGUCAUUGGAGCUGCACUGCCACGCAUUGGCGCCUACAAGAGUCUGGACAACACGCAACAAAAGGUGGCACUUAUCAACGAUGACAUGUGCAUCAACUGUGGCAAGUGCUACAUGACGUGCGCCGAUUCCGGUUACCAGGCCAUUGAAUUCGACAAGGACACGCAUUUGCCCCACGUUAAUGAUGACUGCACUGGCUGCACGCUUUGUGUCUCCGUCUGUCCCAUUAUUGAUUGCAUUCGCAUGGAGCCCAAGAAAAUACCGCAUGUUAUCAAGCGCGGCUUGGAAGACAAGACAUUCUACACACAUGCACUUAGCCCGAGUCAAUAGGCAAUACAUUCAUAUAUAUACAUAAACGUUAUGUUUUUGUAAAAAUACAGCUAAUUGAUGUUAUUAAUAAAUAAUUAAACGCAUUUAAACAAAA